AUGGCUCGGGCGCUGCACAGUCCCUGUUUUAUGGCUCCACUGUUGUGGGCCGCGUUGUUACUGGUUGUCGUCUCACCGGGCGAUGCGUUCUACUUGCCUGGCAGCUACAUGCACACAUACUCCCAAGGCGAGUUGAUAUACGCCAAGGUGAACUCUCUCACGUCCAUCGAGACGGAGAUGCCUUUCAACUACUACAGCCUGCCCUACUGCCGUCCCAAGGGCGGCAUCAAGAAGAGUGCUGAGAAUCUGGGUGAGCUUCUGAUGGGUGACCAGAUUGACAACUCGCCCUACCGGUUCCGUGUGAAUGCCAAUGGGUCUGUCUUCCUCUGCACCACAAAAGGGCUUAAUGAGAAUGAUGCGAAGCUCCUUAAGCAGCGCACCCGCGAUCUUUACCAGGUCAACAUGAUGCUGGACAAUCUGCCCGUCAUGCGUUUUACUGAGCAGAAUGGUGUCACGAUACAGUGGACUGGCUUUCCUGUUGGUUACUCUCCUGCCGGUACCUCGGAUGAUUAUAUCAUCAACCAUUUGAAGUUUAAGGUCUUGGUCCAUGAGUACAAGGGUGGAAAAGUGGAAAUCAUUGGCACUGGAGAAGAAGGAUCUGCUGUCAUCUCAGAGACGGACAAGAAUGGGAUGUCUGGGUAUCAGAUUGUUGGAUUUCAGGUUGUGCCUUGCAGUGUGAAGCGUAAUGCUGAGGAUUUCUCUAAGCUUAAUAUGUACGACAACAUUGACCCGGUGGACUGCCCUGUGGAGCUUAAGAAAUCUCAAGUGAUCAGGCAACAGGAGAGGAUUACAUUCACUUAUGACGUUGAGUUUGUCAAGAGCGACAUCAGGUGGCCGUCUAGGUGGGAUGCCUAUCUGAAGAUGGAGGCUGGCGCCAAGGUCCACUGGUUCUCUAUAAUGAACUCCCUCAUGGUGAUCUUGUUCUUGGCUGGAAUUGUCUUUGUUAUAUUCCUCAGAACUGUCAGGAGGGACCUGACUAGGUAUGAAGAGCUCGACAAGGAAGCGCAGGCUCAGAUGAAUGAGGAACUAUCUGGCUGGAAGCUUGUAGUCGGAGAUGUAUUUAGAGAGCCAACUUGUUCCAAGCUGUUAUGCAUAAUGAUUGGUGAUGGGGUUCAGAUCUUGGGCAUGGCAGUCGUAACAAUCGUUUUUGCCACACUUGGGUUCAUGUCUCCAGCCUCAAGAGGAAUGCUUCUUACUGGGAUGAUUGUUCUAUAUCUUUUCCUUGGUAUUGCAAGUGGGUAUGUCAGUGUUCGGUUCUGGAGGACUAUUAAGGGCACAUCUGAAGGUUGGAGAUCAGUGUCCUGGUUGACUGCCUGCUUUUUCCCUGGUGUCAUGUUUACGGUCCUUACUGUCCUAAACUUUGUGUUGUGGAAAAGCGAGAGCACGGGGGCUUUACCUAUCUCACUAUUUUUCACCCUCCUGGCUCUAUGGUUCUGCAUUUCUGUGCCAUUAACCCUUCUUGGUGGUUUUCUUGGUACAAGAGCGGAGAAAAUUGAAUUCCCUGUUCGGACCAAUCAGAUCCCCAGAGAGAUCCCUGCAAGGAAGUAUCCAUCGUGGCUUCUUGUCCUUGGUGCAGGAACACUGCCAUUUGGUACCCUGUUUAUUGAGCUCUUCUUCAUUCUAUCGAGCAUCUGGCUUGGAAGGUUCUACUAUGUGUUUGGUUUCCUGCUGAUUGUCCUGUUGCUGCUUGUUGCUGUCUGCGCCGAGGUGUCCGUUGUACUAACAUACAUGAAUCUCUGCGUGGAGGACUGGAGGUGGUGGUGGAAGGCUUUCUUCGCCUCUGGUUCAGUCGCUCUCUACGUGUUCCUCUACUCCAUCAACUACUUGGUCUUUGACCUCAGAAGCCUGAGCGGGCCUGUCUCUGCAAUGCUUUAUGUUGGCUACUCAUUCCUCAUGGCAUUUGCAAUCAUGCUGGCAACCGGAACCAUUGGCUUUUUGACGUCAUUCGCCUUCGUGCACUACCUCUUCUCAUCUGUAAAGAUUGAUUAA